AAAGACCAAACUCCUUGGCCCAAUAAUGUUAAGCCUCCAAUAAAUCUCCUCUUCUCCUUCCAUGCAACAUAAGUUCGAGUCUUCUCUUCUAGUUGUAGCAUAGCAGAUAAACUAUGGCGGGUUCAGCAGUAAGAGGGUUGAUGUUACCAAAACCAGUAACUUUUGUUACUGGGAACCCUAAAAAGUUGGAGGAAGUUAAAGCAAUUCUUGGCCAAACCAUCCCUUUUCAAUCUGUCAAACUCGACUUGCCAGAAUUGCAAGGGGAACCUGAAGAUAUUUCUAAGGAAAAGGCUCGUUUGGCUGCUAUUCAAGUUAAUGGACCUGUUCUUGUUGAAGAUACUUGUUUAUGCUUCACUGCUCUUAAAGGGCUUCCAGGGCCUUACAUCAAAUGGUUUCUUGAGAAAAUUGGUCAUGAAGGUCUGAAUAAUUUAUUGAUGGCCUAUGAAGAUAAAUCAGCAUAUGCUUUAUGUGUAUUCUCUCUUGCACUCGGACCAAGUGCAGAUCCUAUCACUUUUGUGGGUAAAACUAUGGGGAAGAUUGUUACAGCCAGAGGGCCACACGAUUUUGGUUGGGAUCCAGUCUUUCAGCCUGAUGGAUAUGAGCAGACUUACGCUGAAAUGCCAAAGGAAGAAAAAAACAAGAUUUCUCAUCGCUACAAAGCUCUUGCGUUGGUUAAAUCCCAUUUUGCUGAGGCUGGAUACACUUUUCUCCCAGACUUUUCUUAGAAUGUAUUAGUUAACAAAUUGCUUCUGUUGAGCUUUUUUGGGGUUGUCCUCCUUUUUUGGUCAAGGGUGUACAAUUUGUUAGGUACACCUAGAUGUACCUAAUUAGAUCAACACUAUAUUUAUGUUUCAGAAGAUGAAUAUAGUGAUUUUACAUCAUAGAAGGUACAUGAUACAUCCAAAACAUUGUGUCUAACGUACCGGAUAAAUUGGGAUGUACUCUACUAUAAGAGAUCGUAUUUUGACUCA